AUGACGAGCUACAUACCCUCCCUGACGCUCCCCAACUUCGCUUUUGAAAACCCUGCCGUAGCUAUCCUACUACCUGUUCUCUGCGGGACAGCGACAGGAUUCGCCAUCAGUCCAAGCGUAACUCAGACCGCAUACAGAACGCUGAAGCAACCUCCACUACACCCGCCUGGCUAUGUCUUCGGACCCGUCUGGACAGCCCUCUAUGCCACAAUGGGCUACACAGCCUAUCGUGCAUACACCAUUGGAGCCAAUUCCGUUAAUCCCAACACCGUCGCUCUGGCCAAGCAUGGAGCGACUCUCUACACUAUCCAGCUUGCCUUGAACCUGAUGUGGACUCCUCUCUACUUUGGCCUUGGUAAACCCAUUCCUGCUACGGUCGACGUCCUUGCCCUUGGCGGAACUCUCGCCUACCUCAUCAACGUCUGGGGACAGGUUGACCCUACCUGCGGAUGGCUGCUCGCCCCAUACCUGGGCUGGGUCAGCUUUGCAACGUAUCUCUGCGCUGGGUCAGGCUACCUGAACAACUGGGACUUCAAGGCCAUCACCAAGAAAGAGUAG